AUGCCAUCCUCAAUUGAAGGUCGUAAAGUGCUUUUGCUCGGAAGUGGCUUCGUCACCAAGCCUACUAUCGACGAGCUGACCAAGGCUGGUGUCCAGCUCACUGUUGCCUGUCGUACUCUCGAGAGCGCCCAGCAGCUCUGCAAGGGCAUCAAGAACACUACCGCCGUCUCUCUCGACGUCAACGACUCUGCUGCCCUUGACGCCGAGCUGAACAAGGUCGAGCUGGUCAUCUCUCUCAUCCCGUACAUCCACCAUGCUACCGUCAUCAAGGGGGCUAUUCGCACCAAGAAGAAUGUCGUCACUACCUCUUACGUCUCUCCAGCCAUGAUGGAGCUGCAGGAAGAUGCUAAGAAGGCCGGAAUCACAGUCAUGAACGAGAUUGGCCUCGAUCCAGGUAUCGAUCAUCUAUACGCUGUCAAGACCAUAUCUGAGGUCCACGAAGCCGGCGGCAAGGUUACCUCUUUCCUGUCCUACUGUGGUGGUCUCCCAGCCCCCGAGUCGUCUGACAACCCAUUGGGCUACAAAUUCUCCUGGUCCAGCAGAGGUAUGCUUCUUGCCCUCCGCAACGACGCCAAGUACUAUGAAGGAGGCAAGGUCGUCUCCAUUCCCGGCCCCGAGCUCAUGGGCACCGCAAAGCCAUACUUCAUCUACCCUGGCUUCGCCUUCGUUGCCUACGCCAACCGUGACUCGACCCCUUACAAGGAACGCUAUGAGAUGCCAGAGGCCGAGACCGUUAUCCGCGGUACCCUCCGAUUCCAGGGUUUCCCUCAGAUGAUCCGCACCCUUGUCGAUCUAGGUUUCCUCAAGGAAGACGAGAAGGAGUUCAUGAAGACCGCCAUCCCAUGGAAAGAAGCCAUGAAGCAGCUUCUCGGCGCCACCUCGUCAGACGAGAAGGACCUUCAGUGGGCUAUCUCAUCCAAGACCAAGUUCGCUGACAAUGAGGAGAAGGCUCGUAUCAUGGCUGCGCUUCGAUGGAUGGGACUGUUCUCCAACGAAAACAUCACCCCACGUAACAACCCACUUGACACCCUCUGUGCAACUCUUGAGCAGAAAAUGCAGUACGGCCCUGGCGAGCGAGACAUGGUCAUGCUCCAGCACAGAUUCGAGAUUGAGAACAAGGACGGUAGCAAGGAGACCCGUACCAGCACCCUGUGUGACUAUGGUGAACCAAACGGCUACUCUGCCAUGGCCAAGUUGGUGGGUAUCCCAUGUGCUGUUGCCGUCAGACAGGUUCUCGACGGCACUCUCAGCGAGAAGGGUAUCCUUGCACCUAUGAACAUGAAGAUCUGUGGUCCUCUGAUCAAGGCCUUGAAGGAGGAGUACGGAAUUGAGAUGAUCGAGAAGACUCUCUAG